AUGACAAAAGGCCGCACCGGACGGGUGGCCCAAGUGGCGAUGACGUUCACGCCGUCGAGGCUGCAGUCCGAAUGCAUCACAGAGCCUGGCUCUGGUCAAACUGUGGCUGGUCACGAGAACACACGAGAACACAAUUUUCACACAUACCUGCAGAGGGGAACGACACUUCUACAAAUAGGCUGGGGUGCUCGUGGCGCAAAGGGUUGA